UUCAUUUCAGAUGUUGAAAUGGCUCGCAGCGAGGUGCGCCCACCCAGAAUCAUGCGUAUGGAAUAACCGUGUAACUAGCUCAACAGAUUUAUGAUGGUCCGAUAUCCGAAAGCAUCCCAUCCAGCAUUGUCUCCUUUUCCCACCGUCGUAACCGGAAUGGCUCUACUGCCAGUUUCACGUACUUUCAAGAACAUGAUGAGCACAUGGAGUGGCCCAACGAAACCGCCAUAGAUGCCGACAGUGAUGUUGAUGAUGUGUCGGAGUUUGGCGCCAGCAUGAGGAGCGAGUCCAUGAGAUCUUCUAAACGACCGUCAUAUUCUAGAGAUUCUGUCGAAGAUCCACUUCUACAGCGAUCAUUCUCCGCCGGCUCCUAUCCCCAGGGGUAUAAAAGCGACAGGAGAGUAAGCCAGAAAGUCCACAUCAUUUCUGAAGACUUGACUAUUGCGAUUGCGGGCUUCUCGACGAGCCUGGUCGGCCAGUUAUUGUAUUAUGUACUGUGUACAUUUUCCUUUGGAAUUUUCUACCUGUGGUUUCGAUGGUUUCCAAGAUACCGGGUUCGCUUGCUGGGAAACCCAACUCCUCUUCAGGCAUGUGAUUGGGUCGCAUUGGAGGAUCAAUGGAACCAAUUCAGUGUCCAUCAGGUGCAUAAGCAAGAAUAUGGCCGCCCUCUUUCCUCAGUUUUUACCGACCCGGAAUGCCAUCUUUAUGACGAAGACAAUGAUUCAACCAUCUCAUGGUUACGAUACAUCGACUACAGAUAUCUUCGACUAUUCUACCAUCCCACCGAAGACAAGUUUUGUUUGAUCAGUGGUUGGAAGGAUCCAUUCUGGACAAAUGCGAAAGAGAUGAGAACUGGACUGGAUGCCGAUGACCGUGAUAGUCGCGAGCAGGUAUUUGGAAAGAAUCUCAUCGAUAUUCAUCAGAAGCCCGUGUUUCAACUUCUAAUGGACGAGGCAUUUCAUCCAUUCUAUAUCUUUCAACUCGCAAGUCUCGUUCUUUGGUCCCUCGACCAGUACUACUAUUAUGCUAUCUGCAUAUUUUCCAUCUCUGUUAUUAGUAUAUCUGCUACUAUCAUUGAGACCAAAACAACGAUGAAUCGGUUACGGGAAAUAUCCUUGUUUGAGUGUGAUAUACGUGUGCUGAGAAAUGGUUUCUGGAGAUCCGUUCCCUCUCGCGAACUAGUGCCUGGUGAUGUCUUUGAAUUCUCUGAUCCUUCACUGAGUCAUGUCCCCUGUGACUGCAUAUUGCUGUCUGGUGACUGUAUUGUGAAUGAAAGCAUGCUUACAGGUGAAUCAGUCCCUGUUUCGAAAGUUCCGCUGACAGAUGACGCUCUCAAUUAUCUGAACCUGGGGGCUCCCUCAAUUCAUCCUGUGCUCGCAAAACAUUUCUUGUUCAGUGGAACAAAGGUAAUACGAGCACGCCGCCCACAAAAUGUCGAUGAUGAUGAAGCUAUUGCGUUGGCGGUAGUUGUAAGAACAGGGUUUUUGACAACCAAGGGGGCCCUUGUUCGGUCCAUGCUCUUCCCAAAGCCUUCAGGAUUCGGAUUUUAUCGAGACUCAUUUCGUUAUAUUUUUGUUAUGGCUAUGAUUGCAAUUAUAGGCUUUGUAGCCUCAUUAAUCAAUUUCAUCCAUCUAGGCCUUUCCUGGCAUCUAAUCAUUGUUAGAGCUCUCGACUUGAUCACUAUUGUUGUGCCUCCAGCUUUACCGGCCACACUAAGUAUUGGCACAAACUUUGCUCUGUCACGACUAAAGACGCAUAAGAUAUUCUGUAUUAGUCCACAAAGAGUCAAUGUAGGAGGCAAACUUGAUGUCAUAUGUUUUGACAAGACUGGUACCCUCACAGAAGACGGCUUGGAUGUCCUAGGAGUGCGGAUUGUUGGCCAUGACAAAAGACUUUCGGACUUGCUCCCUAAGCUACCGCUUAAUUUGGGAAUGUCAAAUGAUUUGGGCACCAUUCGGAGCACUAGCGCAUAUAAAAAUACGGUGUACACCAUGGCAACAUGCCACUCUUUGAGAGUUAUAGACGGUGAACUUCUAGGUGACCCCCUUGAUGUCAAAAUGUUUCAGUUUACCGGAUGGUCCUUCGAGGAAGGUGGGAGUCAUACUGAGCAGCCGGAUUUCGAGACAAUACUGCCUUCUAUUGCAAGGCCCCCUGCAGGUUACACAAGUGUUCAACAGCAGGGCAGUUUAGAUACCCCAAUAGAGCUCGGCAUCCUACGCAGCUUUGAAUUUGUAUCACAACUUCGCCGAGCGAGUGUAGUUGUAAGGCAAUAUGGCGACAGUGGCGCUAGCACGUUCGUCAAAGGUGCACCAGAAAGCAUCAAAGCCAUAUGUCUUCGAGAGAGCUUACCUUAUGAUUUCGAUGGCCUCUUGAGUCACUACACCAAUAAGGGAUUCCGUGUCAUCGCAUGUGCAGCAAAAUACGAGCCAAAAUUAAGUUGGAUGAAAGCACAGAAAAUCUCCCGAACCGAGGCUGAAUGCGACCUGGAAUUUCUUGGAUUUAUCAUCUUUGAAAAUAAAUUGAAGCCAAAGACUGCUGAUACUAUCAUGGAAUUAAAUCGGGCAGGAAUACGCAACAUCAUGUGUACAGGUGAUAACAUACUCACUGCAAUUAGUGUCUCACGUGAGUGUGGUAUGGUUAUGGGCGAGGAACAAUGCUUCGUUCCUAGAUUCGUGCAAGGUGGUUCUCUCGACCAUGGUUUGGACUCAUCACUUUGCUGGGAAAGUGUAGAUAAUCCAGCAUUGAAACUCGACCCCAAUACCCUUAUGCCUUCGCUUGAUCCCACAGAUGUUGAUUUGUCUAUACCUGGGAAUGUUUGCAGCCUCCGCAAGUACUCUCUUGCCAUCAGUGGAGAUGUGUUCAGAUGGAUUGUGGAUUUUGGUAGUGAAUCACUACUGAAAAGGAUGCUUGUACGUGGCAAGGUGUUUGCGAGAAUGUCGCCCGAUGAGAAGCAUGAACUUGUGGAAAAACUCCAAUCUCUGGACUAUUGUUGUGGAUUUUGCGGUGACGGUGCUAAUGACUGUGGGGCAUUGAAAGCUGCUGAUGUCGGCAUUUCACUGUCAGAUGCUGAAGCCUCAGUUGCCGCUCCGUUCACUAGCCGUUGUUUUGACAUAUCAUGUGUUCCAACGCUGAUCAGAGAAGGUCGAGGUGCCCUGGUCACAAGCUUUUGUUGCUUUAAAUACAUGAGCCUUUAUUCAGCAAUUCAAUUUUCGACCGUCAGUUUCUUAUAUGCAUCGGCAUCAAACCUUGGUGACUUCCAGUUUCUUUUUAUUGAUUUGUGCCUGAUUCUACCAAUCGCGAUAUUCAUGGGAUGGACCAAUCCAUAUCCUGUCCUUUCAAGAAAACGACCGACUGCCAACCUUGUAUCGCGCAAGGUUUUGACACCACUUUUAGGUCAAAUAAUAUUAUGUGUUCUCACCCAACUUUUGGCUUAUGAAACAGUCCGGUUACAACCGUGGUUCCAGCCUCCUCUGAUAGAUUUGGAGGAGAGCAACAUUGAAAAUUCCGAGAACACUGUGCUUUUCCUGGUGUCUAGCUUCCAAUACAUACUAUCAAGUGUUGUUCUCAGCGUUGGGCCGCCCUUUCGUAAACCAAUGAGCUCGAACAAGCCAUUCCUAUCCGUCAUAAUUAUAAAUCUGGGAAUCUCAUUCUACAUGAUGUUCAACCCCUCCCGUUGGCUGAAGCAGGUUAUGCAGUUGACAUACAUACCAGAAGGCUUUGCCUGGUGGAUGUUGGCAAUUGCCACUGCGAGCUUUCUAUUCUCUUGGGUAGCUGAGAGGAAGCUUUUCCCUAUAUUGGCUCGUACUAUGGGGCACAUACAUGCAAACCUCCGUGCCGGUCAUUCUAAAAAGCGCCGCCAAUACAAGGCGCUGCUCGAGGAAAUGCAAGGAUAAAUAAAAGUCCAUGUGCUAUUUGACCCAGGUAACUAUUCCAUUGUUUCAAGUGUCGAGCGGCAAGAUGGAGUGCGAUUCUGGAUUUGAACUUUGUUUCGGGCAACUUCAUGUGAAGGUGCCGAGGAUUGAGGUCUCACGUGCUCAAUGGUCCCAAGGAUGCUUCCAACCCAACAAAGCAGGGCCAUCCUUCUUAGCUCGAUACAUUAG